CUGCGAACGACAGGGGCUUUUAUAGGCGGGAUCUCAGUUCUUAAGGAAGAAAUUGUUUACGGUAGUGGGUCUCACCAGCUGUCGAAUUUAUACAUACCAAGUAACCAGGAACAUCGUAGAAUCAGAAAAAGAGAAAGAAGUGAGCAGCAGUUCGAGUAUGCUUCUAGUCAAGCUGGAGCACCCUUGGAAUUUUUCGAUAUGAAUAUAUGA